AAUUGAAAUGGUGACGACUUCAUCGAAUCGCGUCUCCCAAUGUUUCACCCAAGUUUCAAUAAGCAAAACAAGCAAAGCAAACACGUUUGUUAGUGUUUUUCUUGUAUUAUUCCGCAAAAGUUCUAAAUUAAAACUAUAUUUAUAAUAUGGCGCAAGCAGAAGAUACUGAACUUCGUGAUCUAGUAAUAGAAGCUUUGGAGAGGAACGGUUCGCUUGCCAAAAUACGCGCGUUGCUAAGAGCCAAUAUUUUUUUAGCUUUUGAAGAUGAAUGUGAAAAUUUGAAACAGAAUGUAACUUUGGACAAUAUACUUAAAGUUCCCGAAGGUCUCAUGGCUCUAUCAGUGGUCCAUGAGUUUUUAGAAUUUUGCUGUCUGAAAAACACAUUAUUCGUUUAUAAGCCAGAGUCCCGACAGGGCACCGAAUACAAAUAUGAAGGAAAGAAGAAGUUGGCCGAAAAGAUGAACUUACCUAAAUUUGAUAUGAAAGAACCUAUUCUCCUUACACUUGUUAAAAAUAUGGUAAAGUCCCAAAAGAAAUAUUUUGAUUCAGAUGCUAACUCAAAUUACAAUCAUGAAAAAUGUGAAGAAAAGAACUACAGAGAAGAGCAAAAUUGUACUUAUAUUCUCCAUGAAGAUUCACAGAGUAGUACUACAAGUAACUCCCAAUCAGAUAAUUCAUCAGAUGAAAAGAACAAACUGCACUUGCGACUACAGCUCGAUAACUCAGACACAGACACCUCCAGUGACUCAGCGAGGGACAAAACAAGUUCUGAGUAUAUACCAGGGGACCAUAUACUACAAACAGCCGACAAUGGUUCCAAUUAUAUUACACAGAAAUCCAGUGAUUGUGUAGAUGCCAGAGGUGACAACAAAUUAUCAAUUUUUAAUAGACCUAGAAAUGAAACUUCUUUGAUAAUGAGUGAAUUAAAAUUGACUACUAACAGUAGCAGUGACUCUACCUCAUAUGUUGAAUUAAAACCAUUUAAUUCUUUAGAUGAAAAAAUGCUUAAUACAGCUGGUUUGCCAAUUGUAGAGACAGAUUGUAUUCAGGAGCAAAACAGCCCAAAAUUUGUGUCAGUAUCUAAUGUUCAAAAUGACUUGGUGUCACCAAAACCUGGUACUUUAAGUAGUAGUGAUUCACUAAUAACUAAUAAACAAGUAAUUGAGACCAAGGCUUCUGAAGUCAGUGAGAAAAAAUCACAAGAUUCUGGCAAGUCUGAUGCGGACACUGCAGAGUUCAGCUAUGGAGAUGAUUUCUCAUCUUCACCAGUUUCCAAGUUUAAAGAAAAUGUUGAUAAGCAGACCAAGUCAUCAGCAUCUAUUCAAGAUGAAUUAGAAAAAAGUUUGAAUAAAAAUGUCUCAGUAGAAAGUCCGCAUCAAACUUCUCAGAGUUCUCAAAGUUCUGUGUCACUGUCUGAUGUAGCAGAUUUAAUAAGUGAAAAAAGUUCCUUGAGUAUUUCUAAUAAUAAAUCUAAGGUUUCAGGGAAUAAUCAGUCAAAGGGAAUGUCAGAUCAGAAACAAAGUAAAGUGUUAAGUGAUGACUCGGGAGACUUCACUGAAUCUCCCGUACCUUCUUUAUCAAAUUUAAGUCUUGACAUUCACAGUGACUGAAGUUCAUAUUUACUAAAUUCUUGUCUUAAUAAUUAUUUACUUAAUGAUUUAACUAUAGCAAUAAUAUUUAUAAUACAAAGUAAGUUCCUUGAAUGAAGUAGGUAGAUUUUAUUAUUGGACUAUUGUGAAAAAUUCUUAUUUAUUGAAAAUUUUUAAUACUUACAAACCUCAUUUGCAUUUAAAAUACUGGAUAGAUGUAUUUCCUCUUGGUGUAUUUUUAUAUUUGUUGUUCAUCUGUGGUGAUGUUUAUUGUGAUAAAUCGUAAUUCAAUUUUUUUCUCUGUUAAUCAACUUUGCAAUUAUUCUUAUGUAGGAUACAAUUGGGUACUUGAAUUUACAAUGUAUCUAUCUAAUAUUAUAAAGUUUGUGUUGUCAAAAUCUAUUUUGUAAAUCUUGUCAUUAGUUAAUUGUUUAAUUUUUACAAAAGUAGAAAUUAUAAUGUUUUGUCAUGUAAAAAAACUUAUGUUUAUGCUACAAGGUGUACAAUGUAAAAUUUGGAAAACUAGGUAACCUAGGUAAAUGUGUGUGCCUGUGCUGUUGAAAUAGUCAUAACUAGUUAGUUGAAUAUACUUUCCUGCCACUGUAACUCGGUAUUGCUGCCUGCUUGUUGAUGCUUUCUGAAAUAGUUGUAUAAGUCCUAUUUGAAAUGUCAGUGACAGAUACUAGAUUGUUGAAAUUUAAUGGUUGUGCCUUAUUUAUAUUGGAUUCACCAAAACUAAUGCAAUUGUUCCUUUUAGUACUCAUGUAAAAUGAAUAUUCUAGUCCUAUAUGAAAUAAAACUGGUUCCGUCCAAAUUGCUCCAUCAUAUCUGUUUCUGGCUAAAGUUUCAUGAAACUGCUGUAACUAAGUACUUCAAUAAAAUGCCUCAAACUUA